ACACAAUGUGGCGCCCGUACUUGGAAACACAAUGGAACAGCAGUUUUUACUGACGAUUCAUGGUCUAAAUGUGCCAAAAUGAUUUUUACAACGAGAGGUAAACUGACUGCUUUGGUUUUUAUCCUUGGUUCGAUCGCCUUUUACAUGUAUGCCUCAUACAAAACGGAGUUAGAACAAGAAAUCAACAAGACCGGUAGAAACCGCAACAUCACAAUAGGUGAGAUCAUCAGUGGAAGUAUCGAUCUAACUCAAGCAACAGCCACAGAAAAACCGACGAAGAAUUCAUAUCAAAAGCUUUUUAUUUACCUCACUCAAACAGAACAAUGCCUUCCCCCAAACUUGGCCCCUUCUUCCGCGAUUGGUGAUCCCGAUACAUGUAAUUGUGACGUCAUAGUGCUGAGCUUUCGUACCAAAUGUCAAGAGCGAAAGUCGCCUCACAUUACUUAUCUAUUCGGCCCCAAUACUGGAUGGGGUACGGGACGAAAUGCGCUGUAUUUGGCUGCAAAAAAAAAAAGAUCCCCAAAAUACCAUUAUUACAUUUUUAUGGAUGAAGAUGUCGUACUUGGUUUCAAUUCAUUUGCCCCACCAGAAAUGAAGAGGCUGCCACCUUUUAGAGUCUUCGAAAAAUGGCUUCUGGAGUACGAGCCUAUAGUUGGCGUUGUGGAUUACAAAGUGCAUCAUGGGGCAGACUGGACUAACAAAAGACGACGGGAAAUAUGUAUCAAGACGGACAGUCCCCUUGUGAUACCAACAGUAUGGUUUGAUGGCCUUUUCAAUGCAUAUCAUUACAAAGCUAUUGAGCAUCUUUUCCCUUACCGCACGCAGUACGAAAAAAUAUGCUGGUGGUUGGUGAACAGACAUAUGUUUACUGCUGUGGAACUGAAAUUUCGAGGCCAGGCAUUGAUGUUGGUGCCUGUUACAGCGAGUAAUCCCACACAUCGCUCAUACCCAAAGUCUGUAGCCGGCAUGGAGACAUACUGGAGAGAAUAUAUCGACACGAUUCGAGAGGAAGCUCCUUUAGUUUACAGAAAUCGGACUUUAUUUGAAGAUUUUAGGCAGAAUCCGUUUGAUUACAUUAUCAACUCGAGAACAUAUUGCAUGAACGUAACACGGCAUCAACUUAUUACACCCUACGCUCAUUUUGAUAGUCAGUAGUAAAACUGUAGCUAGGCGAUUGUUCCUAUUUCUUGUUAUGGUCGUUGUCCAUUUUUAGCAUAUUCUAAACAAUAAAUUUCGAAAGGCUAGUUUGUCCCGGGAGGGAAGGGGUGACUCCAACGUAUUCUUGUAUAAGCGGGCGUCGAGACAUCACUGGUGGUGUGACAUCACGUAGCAACGAGGCAAGCGCGUCACUUGGGUUGCUCAGUUUAGCUGAGCUCUUUUCACAAAGAGAACUCUUCAAGCUGAGCAAUCCGCUGACAAGAAUGGAGAACUUUCAAAAAAGAAAGAAAGGUCGUAAUUUUACGAUAGGACGAAUACCGAUUUAUUUCAAAGUUGCAAGAAGGUGAAAUCCAAACUGUUCUCACAGUUUUAAAAGAAGUUCACCUCGAUUUUAAAUUAAGUCUAGUGGUUUGUUCAUUAACUUUGCUAUUGGGAUUCAUUAGCGAUGUGAAAUUCAGCUUGUGUAAAUUGUAAAGUGAUUGUCACAUUGAGAGAUAAAAUCAAGGCUAUUGGAACGAUAAAAACAAGCUUGCUCGCUUGAUUUUCUGGAUGGAUUUUUCUUUCGCUCUUGGUUUGUGCUACCUUUUGGUGGCUAAUUCUCUCAUCAAUUCAAGUGACAGUGUUUAUAUUAGAAGUUAAUCUCUCUUGAGGUUGUCCACGCCAACUCUGCCGUGUCAAGCGGCUACAAGGAUUACCUUUUGUCAGUAGUCAAGUACCUCCCCGCCCCCCUCCCCCUCCGUUACGACGUAAUUCUAAUUCAAGGCAAACCUAAGCAGGUUGCUGCAAGCAUUGUAAGCGAAAAAAGGAGAAGUUAGCAAAAAUUAUAUCUGAUUUGUUUUG